AGCUGCGCAUGCCCAGUAACGCGCCUGAGCGCGCGGCGUCUCUGAAGGCUGCAGUUACACGUCCUGUGUGUUUGUUUUGCUGUCACUUAAAUCACGUUACGUGUCUGGUUCGGUUGUGUAGAUUAAGAUGGAAAAUGAAGAUGGGACACGGCUUAAGAGCCAGGACUCAGAAGAGAAAAGGAUCAGCCGAACAACUCUGUUGGACAGCGGGGAAGAUUUCGAGAUGCUAGAAGAAGGUGACGAUGGAGCGGACGACGAUCUCCCCCCUUUAGACGAUGCGGGUGGUGGAAAGACAGAAAGUCACCAGGCCAAUAAAACAAGCACAGACCCCAGUCAUUCUCCACCCCAAGAGGAAUGGCUGGAUGUUUUGGGAAAUGAGCAGCUGAGAAAGAAAGUUUUAGAAGCGGGCUCUGGUCCUGACAGCAAACCUCGGAGGGGCCAAAUUGUCACCAUUAACCUUAAAACCACUCUGAUUGACGGAUCUACAGUCGAGGACAAGUCCAACAUCUCUUUCACGCUUGGCGAUGGUGAUGUCAUUCAGGCAUUGGAUCUCACUGUACAGUUAAUGGAGAUUGGUGAAAAGGCUCUUGUUGAAGCAGGGUCCAAAUAUGCAUACGGUGCACUGGGGAGCAGUUCCACUCCUGUUGUGCCCCCUAAUGCUGAUUUGAUUCUGGAAGUGCAUUUCCUGUCUGCUGUUGAUGCUCCUGACCUGGAGCUUCUGCCUCCCUCUGAGAGGAUCAGUCUGGCAAGCAGGAAACGAGAGCGGGGCAACUUUCACUACCAGCGUGGCGAUUACGCAUAUGCUGUUAACUCCUACGGGAUUGCCCUGCAGAUAACGGAAGCAAGUUCGAAAGUGGACAUCAGCCCUCAGGAAGAAGAAGAGCUGCUGGACGUAAAGUUGAAAUGCCUGAACAACAUGGCGGCCGCUCAGCUCAAGCUGGAACACUAUGAAGCUGCACUACGCUCUUGCGUCUCCGUUUUAGCUUACCAGCCAGACAACGUCAAAGCAUUGUUUCGCCAGGGCAAGGUACUGGCACUACAAGGAGAAUAUUCUGACGCCAUUAAAAGUUUGAAAAGAGCUUUAAAGUCUGAUCCCAGUAACAAGACUAUCCACGCCGAGCUGUCGAAGCUGGUGAAGAAACACUCUGAACAGAAGGGUGCUGAGCAGGCGAUGUACAAGAAGAUGCUCGGAAACCCACCUGACAUCGCUGUACAGAAGACCCACGCCAAGUCUUCAUGGAGUAUAAGCUGGAAGUGGUUGUUCGGUGCCACUGCAGUUGCUAUCGGAGGUGUAGCCUUGUCAGUGGUCAUCGCUGCUAGAAAUUAAAGAGUUCAGGAUGCCAGCUUUAACUCUAUUUUAGCUACACGAUCGACUGUUUAUAGCGCUUUCUGUUUCCCGUCUCAGAAUAUAACUUAUUAACGAUUUACCGAAGAUUCUUCAAAUGCAUGAAAGGUGAUGAAGUGAAUAUGUGUGAAGUGAUAAAUUAUUACAUCUGACAAAUGAGUAAACUUGCCAUUUUGUUGUGAACAUAAACUAGAUCAUCUAAAAUUAUUGUAAUGUUUAGAGCCUCCAGUGCAUAAAGUUGUAUGUUUUCUACAGCUAAUCACCUUCUUGGUUCUUAUGUUAUGUUUCUGAAUCAGCAAGAUCAGCUGUUUCUUGAGUAGCCAACAUGUAUGCUGCUAGUUUAUUUUCCUACAUGGUGAAAGUCGAAGCAAAUGCAUGGCCAAGGACAAAAAAACGUUAUUUGCUUGUUGCAGUCAUUUCUCCGGUGUUUAACAAACCUGUCCAGUGACUUUUUUUUUUCUUUUUUUUUCCUUUGGACUCCGUUGCAUUUAGGAGGGUUUACCUCACCUUUUUAAACUCUCUGACCAAACACUGUAAAGAUUUUACAAAAAAGACCAAAUUGAUUUUGAUUUUUUUAUUUCUAAAUAUGUAAUUUAUUUUUAAGUAUUUCACUUAAUAUGUUUAAUUUUUCUGAUGAAUGAUUGUGUAAAUGGUUUGGUUACUCAUUUGGUUUUGGAAGCAGCAACAUUCCUGAUUAUUUUAUUUUUUUUCCCAUUUGUUGAAAUAAAUUUUGCACAAUCAGUUCAUAUACCUGUGAUACUUCAUGAGAAGAAAGGACUAAUGUUAAACUCCUACAAUCACCUAAAGGAGUUUUGGGGGAAUUCUGUUAUCAGGUUUUCUGUGACUGUGCUUUUUUCCCUGCCCGUCAUGAGCGCUCGUGUAUUAUGUCGCGCAUUACUGUUUCCAUUCCUUACACAGUUCCACAAAUGUUCUUAUAAAACUCUAAAUAGUUCUACUUUUUUCCAUCAUGGACAAUGAUCAGAUUGUGACCUUCUCAUGGAUAUAAACAUUUAAAAAGCCAAUUAAAAUUACAUGGUGGUUCUCAAUGACAUGUGAUGUAUAUGCAGCAGGACCCUAAGGGCUGGGGUUCUCAAAUCUUUGCAUCCAUAGACCCCUGUAACUGUUCAAUUAACUCCAUGCACCCAGACAUCCGGAUUUAUUUCACGAGCAUUGAAAGAUUACUCCAAAUUUUCUGUGAUUCCAUGACCCUGCAUUUUGUCUUUUUUCCCAUGAUUUCAUGUCAUACUACCUGAAAAUCAAUAUUCAAUAAAUGUUUUGCCAUA